AUGGAAGAAGUUAAGCUGAGCAAGAAUCAAGAAAAGGUUAGUUAUAAAGGAUAAUAUCAGACUAAAAAAUAUAUUUUUCAGAAAAAACGGCGAGCCGAGGAACGAGAAAAAGAGCCGAAAGCAAAAAAGCAAAGGAAAGAGCCUGAUGCGCAUGACGAUUUGCCAAUGAAUGUUCCAUUCAAAAUUAUUGAUGGUUAGUGAUUUGAUUAAAAUGAAAAAAUAAAUAAAAAAUGUAAAAUUUUCUAGGAGUUCGACAUUUGAGUCCAUAUUGGGCGGUUUAUCGAACUCGGACUAAAGGAAGAUGGAUUGGUCGAAAAAUGGUGGAAGUUUUUGCGCAGGAAUUCUUGUCAACCAACAAAAAUUAUGCGGUGAGUAAGAUUGGGCAGUUUGAGAGGGAAAAAAUUGACACUAUAAUUAUCUUCCCCCCCCCCCCAAAAAAGGCGGAACAAAUUUAUAUUUAAAUGAGACUCACAACUUGUGCCCUUUUUCCACCUAAAAGAAUAUGAGAGGGACAAAAAACAGCGAAAAAAAGAAGAGGAUCCGCCUCCUAUCUACCAAAGAACCGUGUAGGAUGUGUUCAUUUUACGCUAAGUAGCUUGAUCCCCUGCGGCUAUAGGGUAUAAUUGAAUAGCAGGAAAAAAACGAAGGAAAAAGUGACUUUUCUGAUGAUGAUGCUGCUCAUCGAGUUUUUUUUCUUUGUAAACGAAAAAUGGAUGAGAUAAAUUGGGGCGAACCGAAAAAAAUUGAAAUGAAAUUGAGUUUUUUUUUCUUUCGGGGGGCAAAGUCGAAGAAGUGGGCGAUGAUAAAAUUACGGGAAAUAGAAUGCCGUGUAUCAAAAACUACUGGUGAAAAACUAGUUUAGCGGACCAAACGGUGUAAUGGAUAUAUUUAUAUAUUAAAGGUCCCGGUUCCGCCUCGCGACUAUUCUUUCAAACUUUUCAAAACUUUUCUUUCAUGCAGUGAUUCCUGAAAUAAAAAAAACCAAAAAAGUGAUUCACGAACGGUAUUUUUAUUCAUUUUUUAUCCAUUUUCUUAACAAAUUCCCAACUGAAUAAAGUGAAGCUAACAAUAAAACGCAUUUUUCUGUCCAGGAAUGCUAUUUCAAGACUUUCUAAUCAGCCUAAAAGAAAAUGAAAUUGGCGAUUUUCGAAAAUCAACAAUUUGAUUUUGAAGGCUUGAUUUGUCUUUUAGGCUGAUUUCUUGAAAUAUCAUUUCUUUACACUAAAAUGCGUUUUAGCUUCACUUUAUUCAAUGUGUUGAGAAAAUGAUAAAAAAAUGAAUAAAAAUUCCGUUCGCGAAUCAUUUUUUGGUUUUUUUAACGUUAAAAAACGUUUUUUUUUUCAUUUCUUGAAUCACACUAACCGCCUACACCAAAAAAUAAAUCCAAAAUGUUUUUCAAAACCGUUUUGAAAAUGGUUUACACUUUCUUUUUCAAUCAAAAAAAAGAUAUGGAUUUGCUUUUUUUUGCAAACUUCUCUAGCUUUUCUGAAAAAAUCUUCAAUGUGCUGCCGAAAAUUGUCGUCUCUUCGACAAUCCAUCAAAACCUCUCCGAGUCAACUGAUCCAAUAAUAAUCGUCGUGAACAAAAAAAACCAAAUAAAAAACGCUGUUCUCUAUAUUUUUUUUUUCAUAAACCAACCCCAAUAUGUUAUUGUUUCGAGAAAAACACAUAAAGAGACAAUUCUGUUCCACCAAAUUCAGAAUUUCACAAAAAAAAAAACCAAAAAUGUAGUUUGGUUGAAUUAUUAACAGGAGAGCUGUCACGAGAAACAUUUUUGAACAUUUUCAAAGUGAGCGCACAUUUUUUUCAUAAAUUCACUUAUCGGGCCAAUCUAUCUCAUCAUUUUUUUGCGAGCCCAUUGAUCAUGAUAGAUAGUUACUAAGAAAAUGUGAAAAAUGGUGAUAAAAAUGAUAAAUAGCUCUCAUAAAAUAGUCAAUACCUAUUCAAUCAGAUUUCAAUGCUUGCUUUCUACGUAGAUAUUUCUUCUAGUAAACAACAAUAGAAUCAAGAUAUGUUUCCAACUCAUAUAAUUUGCGUAGAAGAAGAAAAAACAGAAUAACAAGGUAUACAAAAGACGUAUUGUGUUGUCGAAAAAUAGGAAAAAUGGCAAAAAAAAAGUUUUGAACAACUAGGCAGCUGAGCAAAGUUUGUGUCAUUGAUAUUGGAAAGGAUCUCUAACCAAAACUCAAGUUUCAAAUUUCAUUUCGAAAUUUCACACUUUCUCAAAUAUCAAAAAUUGAGAUUGAGGUAAAAUAGUUUUGAAUUGAAGCAAAACCGAUUUUUUAAAAGAAAAAUUCUGAAUCGGCCCGAAAAUUAGAUUUGAUGGUCCGAUUACUAUUGGCCACUGGUCCAAUUCAAUAUUUUUUCCAAAAAUCGGUUCUUUUACACAUAUUUGUAUAGAUUUGGAUGUGUUUGACAGCAAAAAAAUGGAUAAAUAACAUUAUGGCUCUAAAUAUACGUAAAUACAAAUAGCCAUCCCAAAAAAAACCAAAAUGAAUAUUGAACUUUUAACAUGAUUUAUGUUUUUGUUUUUGUGGAUUGAUCCAUUUUCAAUAAUGAAAAAUAUAUAGAAAAACAGAUUUUAGAAUUUAAUUUUAAAAAAAUACGAAAAUUAUAGUCUGAAGAUGAACUGAGAUCAGUUUCAGCUAGCUCUCGAAGACGAAAAAAACUGAGAAAAUGAAAGAUUAGUGUAAUAUGAUGUUGCAAAAACAAACUCAACACAAAAUGUGAUGAAUUAUCGCUCAAAUUGAAAAAUGGAACGCUCAAAAAAUACCUGAAGUUCAAAGAAUGCAUUUUUUGCACAAUCAUUUUGUUUUCGUUUUUUUUGUCUUCUAUCGAAAACUGAAUCUACGACUAAAUUGUGUAAUUGCAAAAACUCGAAAAACACACAUACACACGAAAUAAACAAGCAAAAAAAAACGGCGAAAAUCAAACCCAGGACCUGAGAACUUGACCUAUCGUACCUAAGCAUGAAAUAUGAGAAGAUGUCAAAUUGAAUUUUCUAUCCCUCUAAGUUGUUGUGAUUUUGAAUUUCCACUUUUUUUUCGAGUUGUUUCAAUGGUAAAAUGCACUUGUGAUUUUUCAAUUGGUUGUUUAUAAAAAAACAAAUAUUAUUUUUAGUGCGAAACACGUCAAACUUAUGAACCGUGGAUAAAUGAGCUAAAGUGUUUUGUUUCAAAACAAUAACAAAAGGUUACGACAAUUUAUGAGAUAAAAACCUUUUCUGAAUGUUUGAAACUGAAAUAACUUUUAUCAGCACAUUUAAUUGUCUGCAAUUAUUCUAUACACAAAUCAAACCGUCUAAUUAAAUAUUUUUGUCCAAUACUCAAAUCGGAAAUGCGUCAACUUGUUCACAUUUUGACAAAAUUCGAUUUGGAACAACGGCUUUUAUCUGACAUGUGUCUAUCUUUUUGCCUCGGGGCAUUUUUGGAAGUGCCCUUUGACUAACUUAGGUCAACAAAAAAUCGUGAUACGUGAAGGGAGCGAAAAAAUAUCAAUUUUUCUAGAAAGUUGCCUGCAAACUUGGUCGAAUUUAUGUGAAUGGACAACAAAUGACAGAUCCGAAUUAUGUGAUGAAAAAUAGUGAUUUGGUGGAACACUGGGCGCAUCGACAUGAACAUCCAGUUAGUUAGAAUGCAAAAAAUUUCUUCAAGUUAAUCUUGUAGGUUCGUGAUCUACCGAUACGAAUAGUCAGCGAUUGCGAGGAUUUAUUAGUUGUUGACAAACCUCCAUCACUUCCUGUUCAUGCUUGUGGUCAAUAUGCUAUUCAUACGGUUUUAGGACAAUUACGAGUCACUUAUGGUAGAACUGGUCUAAGAGGUGAAUAAUACGUUUCAAGAAAAUGACAAAAUUUAAAAAAAUACGUUUUUCAGUGCUUCAUAGAUUAGAUCGAACAACUUCGGGUAUUCUUUUGUUUGCAAAAAACUACGAGACUGAUUUGGAAUUCAAAAGCACACUGAAGCAGGGAAAAUGGACAAAAGAAUAUGUCUGCAGACUUGAAGGAGAGUUUCCAGAGUAAGUAUUAUUUAUAUUACAUAUAUUAUAUACCUUUUUUGAAUUUUUAGUGGUGAUAUUGAAUGUAAUCAGCCGAUUGGUAAUUUGGUUAUUUCGAUGGGAAUUCAAUGUGUUCGAAGUGAUGGAAAGGAUGCACAUUCGGUAUUCACAAAACUAUGGUCGGAUGGGAAGGAAUCGGUGGUUAAAGUGAAGAUUACAACUGGAAGAACACAUCAGAUUCGAGUACACGCGCAAUAUUUAGGAUAUCCAAUUGUAGGCGAUCAAGUUUAUAAUUCCAAUAUUUGGGGAGACGGAAAAGGCAAAGAUGCGAAAUAUGGAAAAUCGUAUGAAGAAUUAGCGAAAGAUGUUCAAUCAGCUCAUAAAUCUGAGAAUUGGCAUGAAGAACCGAAUGAGGAAUAUGAGGAAAGAAUGCAAAAACUUGCCGAUGAUCCCGAUGUUCAACCGGAAGCUCUGAAUUUGAAAAUUGAAGAUCGACCAGAGAAAGAUGAGAUUUGUUUGAAAUGCAAUGUUGCGACCAAAAAAGUGCCACCUGGACAUUAUCAAUUAUAUCUACAUUGUUUACGAUAUGAGACAGAGAAAUGGUGUUUUAAGACAGAAUUACCGGAAUGGGCUGUGGAACCAAAUAGCUCCUAA